AUGCCUUACUAUUACGUUGAGCCUUAUUACCAUGCAAUGGAUGAGUCACUAAAUGCCGACAUAUCCAGCAUUAAUAGUUCUCCUAUUUUAUUAGAUAAUAAUGAAUCUGGUAAUGUGACAAAUUCCAUUGAAACCACUUCGGGGUUGGUCCAAGAUCAUUCUCAACAGUCCUUAUUUAUAAAACCUCCUUUUCCUCCAACAAUAAACAUCGAUGACUUGGUUACAUCUAAACCGAAUGGUGAUAAGCCUUCAAAAUCAAGUAAUGCCUUUAUCAUUUAUCGUAAGGUCUAUGUUAAAGAACUUCACUCACGAGGAGUAAACCUUCAAAUGACUCAAAUAUCACCUAUGGUUUCUGAGUCUUGGAAACAAGAACCUGAAAUUGUAAAACAAGAAUAUAAAAAGCUAGCGGAAGCAGCAAAAAAAAGAUAUAAAGAAAUUUGGCCUUCAAAACCAAGACGUCGACAUCAAAGAAGGCAACAACCACAGUUACCAAUGAACCGUCCAUUACAUUCUAUUGAAUCUUCAAAUUCGAUCCAGACUUAUUCAUCAAAUGAAUCGUUAUCUUCUACACCUGCAAUAGAAUUAAGAGAAUCUUGGAAUUUAAUAUCUCCUUCUUACCUAACACUUCAAAAUUCCUCAUAUGGUUCUUCAUCAAUAGUAGAUCAAAUAUAUUAUGAUCCAAAUGCUGCUUCCUCUCGCCCAACUAUUGCUAACUCUUUAAAUGUCCGUAAUCAACCUAUGUUAACUCCACCUGAAGAAAAUCCUAAUUCACCAACAAGUUCAACUUUAACUCAUUUGACACCGCCGAAUGGACAACAUACAAGUGAAAUUAGCUUGCCUGAAUUAACUGAUGGAAUAAGUUCUUUAAAUUCUUUACAAGAUUACCAUCGAGUUAUGACUAAUUGGCAUAAAGACUUGAAACGUCAUGAUAUUCACCCGUAUCAAUCUUUUGAUGCCGCUAGAAGCGUUCCAUUUUUCACUUCUCAUUUAGUCUAA